AUGUCCAGCAACAUACCAGCUACCACUCCCACCACCUAUGUGACCUCUACCACUUCCAUACCAACUAUCACCACACCAGUCACAACUUCGACCACCUCCGAGACCACAGCCACACUGACCACCAACACUCCGUCCAUCACUCCCACUACUUCAGUGACUACCACUACUUCCAUGCCAACCACCACCACACCCUCCACCACUUCAACCAUUUCCACCAACUCUGAGACCACCACCAAUUCCACGACGGCCUCCACCACACAUGUGACCACUCCCACCACGUCCAUGACCACCACCACUUCCAUGUCGACCACCACACCUGCCAACACUUACACCUCUGUGUCCACCACCACUACAACAACUACCACCACACCAUCCAUCACUCUCACCACUUCAGUGACUACCACUACUUCCACACCCACCACCACUAUCCCUUCCACUACCUCUGUGACCACCACCACAACCACACCAUCCACCACCACACCAGCUACCACCCCAACAACUUCCGUGACCACCACCAAAUCCAUGCUGACCACCACAUCUGCCAACACUCCCACUACCUCUGUGACCACCACCACUACCACAACAACUACCAACAGACCACACACCACUUCCACCACUUCAGUGACGACCACUACUUCCCUGCCCACCACCACCACCCCUUCCACCUCUUCCACCACCUCCCAGACAUCCACCACUUCCACAACAUCCAAGACCACAUCAUCCACCACUCCCACCACCUCAGUGACUACCACUACUUCCACGCCAACCAACAACACACCUUCCAACACCUCUGUGAUGACCAUCACAAACACACUGUCCACCACCACACCAGCUACUACUCCAACAACCUCUGUGACAACCACAUCCAUGCCAACCACCACACCUGCCAACACUCCCACCACCUUUGUGACCACAACCACUACCACAGAAACUACCACCACACCAUCCACCACUCCCACCAAUUCAGUGACUACCACCACCCCUUCGUCCACUUCCACCACCUCCAAGACCGACACCACUUCCAUGACAUCAAAGACCACACCUUCCACCACUCCCACCACCUCAACCACCACCACUUCCAUGACACCAAGCACCACACCAUCCACCACUCCCACCAAUCCAGUGACUAUCACCACCACUUCCACCACCUCCAAGACCAACACCACUUCCACGACAUCCAAGACAACACCAUCCACCACUCCCACCACCUCCGUGACUACCACUACUUUCACACACACCCCCAACACCCAUUCCACCACUUUCACCACCUCCGAGAUCACCACCACUACCAAACCGUCCACCACCACACCAGGUACCACACCAACCACCUCCGUGACCACCACCACAUCCACGCAAACCACCACACCUGCCAACAUUCCCACCACCUCUGUGACCACCACCACUACCGCAACAACAACCACCACACUACCCACGAGUUUCACCACUUCAGUGAGGACCACUACUUCCCCGGCCACCACCACCACCCUUUCCACCACUUCCACCACUUCCACCAUCUCCAAGACCAUCACUACUUCCAAGGUGACCAACACCACUCUGGCCACCACACCCACAACCUCAAUGACCACCACCACUUCCACUCAGACCACCACCACACCUGCCACCAUUCCCACCACCUCUGGGACCACCACAAUGUCCAGACCGACCACCAGCACACCUGCCACCAUGUCCACAACAACUGUGUCCACUACCACUUUGUCGUCAACCACCACACCUGCCAACACUCCUACCACCUCCAUGAUCAUCACCACUAAAGAUCUGAGCAUCACCACCUCUGAGACCACCACCACUUCCACUCAGACCACCACCACACCAGCCACCAUUACCACCUCCAAUGGGAUGCCCACAAAGUCCGUGCUGACCACCAGCACAUCUGCCACCAUGUCCACCACAACUGUGACCACCACCACUUCCUUGACAACCACAACAACUACCACCUCACCAUCCACCACUGCCACCACUUCAGUGACUACCUCUACUUCCCCGCCAACCAUCACCACCCCUUCCAUCUCUUCCACCACCUCCCAGACCACCACCACUUCCACGACACCAAGCACCACACCAUCCACCAUUCCCACCAAUUCAGUGACUAUCACCACCACUUCCACCACCUCCAAGAUCAACACCACUUCCACGACAUCCAACACUCCCACUACCUCCAUGACUACCACUACUUUCACGCCCACCCCUAACACCCAUUCCACCACUUUCACCACCUCUGAGAUCACCACCAGUAGCACGCUGUCCACCACCUCUCCUGCUACCACUCCAACCACCUCCGUGACCACUACCACAUCCAUGCCAACCACCACACUUGCCAACACUCCCAUCACUUCUGUGACCACCACUACUACCACAACAACUACCACCAAACCAUCCAACACUCCCACUUUAGUUACUACCACUACUUCCAAGCCCACCAACACCCUUUCCACCACUACCGCCACCUCUGAGAUCACCACCAGUUCCACUUGGACCACCACCACACCUGCCACCACUCCCACCACUGCUGGGACCACCACAACGUGCACAUCUAACACCAGCUUACCUGCCAUUACGUCCACCACAACUGUGACCACCAACACAUCCACGCUAACCACCACACCUGCCAACACUCCCACCACUUCCGUGACUAUCACCACUAAAGCUCCAAGCGCCACCACCUCUGAUACCAACACCACUUCCACUCAGACCACCACCACACCUGCCACCACUACCACAACUUCUGGGACCCCCACAAUGUCCACGCUGACCACCAGCACACCUGCCACCACAUCCUCCACAACUGCGACCACCACCACUUCCUCACCAACCACCAAACCUGCCAACACUUCCACCGCCUCCAUGACCUUCACCACCAAAGUUGCCAGCACCAUCACACGUGCCACCUUGACAACCACCUCUGGGACAUCCACAAAGUCCACACCAACCACCAGCACACCUAACACCACGUCCACCACAAAGGUGACCACCACUACUUCCUCGCCAACCACCACACCUACCAACACUCUCACCACCUCUGUGACCACCACCACUACCACAACAACUACCACUACACCAUCCACCACUCCCACCACUUCUCUAACUACCUCUGUUUCCUCGCCCAACACCAACACAUCUUCAAACACAUCCACCACCUCUCGGACGACCACCACUGCCAUGACGUCCAAGACCACAUCAUCCCCCAAUCCCACCAACUCAGUGACUACCACUACUUCCACGCCCACCACCACCACCCCUUCCAUCACUUCCACCACUUCCACCACAUCUGAGACUACCACCACUUCCAUGGUGACCAACACCAUACCUGCCACCACUCCUACCACCUCUGAGAUCACCACCACUUCCACUUGGACCACCACCACACAUGCCACCACUCCCACCACUUCUGGGACCACUGCAAUGUCCACUUCUACCACCCGCUCACCUGCCACCACGUCCACCACAACUGUGACCAUCACCACUUCCUCGCCAACCACCACAACUGCCAACACUCCCACCACCUCUGUGACCAUCACCACUAAAGCUCCGAGCAACACCACCUCUGAUACCACCACCACUUCCACUCAGACCACCACACCUGCUACCACUACCACAACCUCUGGGACCCCCACAACAUCCACGACAACCACCAGCUCACCUGCUACCACGUCCACCACAAAUGUGACCACCACCAUUUCCUCGCCGACCACCGCACCUCCCACCAAUCCCACUACCUCUGGCACCACCACAACGUCCACUCUGACCACCAGCACCCUUGCGACCAUGUCCAACACUACUGUGACAACCACCACUUCCUCGCCAACCACCACACCUACCAACACUCUCACCACCUCUGUGACCACCACCACAACAACUACCACCUCACCAUCCACCACUUCCACCACUGCAGUGACUACCUCUACUUCCCUGCCCACCACCACCCCUUCCACCUCUUCCACCACCUCCCAGACCACCACCACUUCCACAACAUCCAAGACCACGUCAUCCAACACUCCCACCACCUCAGUGACUACCACUACUUCCACGCCAACCAACACCACACCUUCCAACACUUCUGUGACCACCACCACAACCACACCGUCCACCACCACACCAGCUACCACUCCAACCACCUCUGUGACCACCACAUCCAUGCCGACCACCACACCUGCCAACACUCCCACCACCUUUGUGACCACAACCACUACCACAGAAACUACCACCACACCAUCCACCACUCCCACCAAUUCAGUGACUACCACCACCCCUUCGUCCACUUCCACCACCUCCAAGACCGACAUCACUUCCAUGACAUCCAAGACCACACCUUCCACCACUCCCACCACCUCAGUGACUACCACUACUCCCACAACCACCACCACCACCCCUUCUACCUCUUCCACCACCUCCCAGACCACCACCACUUCCACGACACCAAGCACUACACCAUCCACCACUCCCACCAAUUCAGUGACUAUCACCACCACUUCCACCACCUCCAAGACCAACACCACUUCCACGACAUCCAAGACAACACCAUCCACCAGUCCCACCACCUCCGUGACUACCACUACUUUCACGCCCACCCCCAACACCCAUUCCACCUCUUUCACCACCUCUGAGAUCACCAACAUUACCAAACCGUCCACCACCACACCAGCUACCACUCCAACCACCUCCCUGACCGCCACCACAUCCACGCCAACCACCACACCUGCCAACACUCCCACCACCUCUGGGACCACCACCACUACCACAACAACAACCACCACACUACCCACGAGUUCCACCACUUCAGUGAGGACCACUACUUCCCCGGCCACCACCACCACCCUUUCCACCACUUCCACCACUUCCACCAUCUCCAAGACCAUCACCACUUCCAAGGUGACCAACACCACUCUGGCCACCACACCCACAACCUCAGUGAUCACCACCACUUCCACUCGGACCACCACCACAACUCCCACCACCUCUGGGACCACCACAAUGUCCAGACCGACCACCAGCACACCUGCCACCACGUCCACAACAACUGUGUCCACCACCACUUUGUCGCCAACCACCACACCUGCCAACACUCCUACCACCUCCAUGAUCAUCACCACUAAAGCUCCAAGCACCACCACCUCUGAGACCACCACCACUUCUACUCGGACCACCACCACACCUGCCACCACUACCACCACCUCUUGGAUGCCCACAAAGUCCCUGCUGACCACCAGCACAUCUGCCACCAUGUCCACCACAACUGUGACCACCACCACUUCCUUGACAACCACAACAACUACCACCUCACCAUCCACCACUGCCACCACUUCAGUGACUACCUCUACUUCCCCGCCCACCACCACCACUCCUUCCAUCUCUUCCACCACCUCCCAGACCACCACCACUACCACAACACCAAGCACCACACCAUCCACCACUCCCACCAAUCCAGUGACUAUCACCACCACUUCCACCACAUCCAAGACCAACACCACUUCCACGACAUCCAAGACAACACCAUCCACCACUCCCACCACCUCCGUGACUACCACUACUUUCAUGCCCACCCCCAACACCCAUUCCACCUCUUUCACCACCUCUGAGAUCACCACCAGUACCACGCCGUCCACCACCUCACCCUCUACCACUCCAACCACCUCCGUGACCACUACCACAUCCAUGCCAACCACCACACUUGCCAACACUCCCAUCACUUCUGUGACCACCACUACUACCACAACAACUACCACCAAACCAUCCACCACUCCCACCACUUCAGUUACUACCACUACUUCCAUGCCCACCAACACCCCUUACACUACUUCCACCACUACCACCACCUCUGAGAUCACCACCAGUUCCACUUGGACCACCACCACACCUGCCACCACUCUCACCACUUCUGGGACCACCACAACGUCCACAUCUAACACCAGCUUACCUGCCAUCACGUCCACCACAACUGUGACCACCAACACAUCCACGCUAACCACCACACCUGCCAACACUCCCACCACUUCCGUGACCAUCACCACUAAAGUUCCAAGCGCCACCACCUCUGAUACCAACUCCACUUCUACUCGGACCACCACCACACCUGCCACCACUACCACUACUUCUUGGACCCGCACAAUGUCCACGCUGACCACCACCACACCUGCCAACACUUCUACCACCUCCAUGACCAUCACUACCAAAGCUGCCAGCACCACCACACAUGACACCACGACAACCACCUCUGGGACAUCCACAAUGUCCACACCAACCACCAGCACACCUAACACCACAUCCACCACAACUGUGACCACCACCAUUUCCUCACUGACCACCACAUCUCCCACCAAUCCCACUACCUCUGGGACCACCAAAACGUCCUUGACGACCACAAGCAACCCUGCAACCAUGUCCAACACAACUGUGACCACCAACACUUCCUCGCCAACCACCACAACUACCAACACUCUCACCACCUCUUUGACCACCACCACUACCACAACUACCACUACACUAUCCACCACUCCCACCACUUCCCUGACUACCUCUGUUUCCACGCCCAACACGACCAUACCUUCCAACACAUCCACCACCUCUCAGACGACCAUCACUGCCACGACGUCCAAGACCACACCAUCCACCACUCCCACCACCUCCGUGACUACCACUACUUCCACGCCCACCACCACCACCCCUUCCACCACUUCCACCACCUCUGAGAUCACCACCACUUCCACGCCAUCCACCAACUCUCCCACUACCACUCCAGCCACCUCCAUGACCACUACCACAUCCAUGCCAACCACCACACCUGCCAACACUCCCGACACCUCUGUGACCACCACCACUACCACAACAACUACCACCACACCAUCCACCACUCCCACCACUUCAUUGACUACCACUACUUCCACGCCCACCACCACGAUGCCUUCCACCACUUCCACCACCUCCGAGAUCACCACCACUUCCACACCGUCCACCACCACACCAGCUACCACUCCUACCACAUCCGUGACCACCACCACAUCCACGCCAAAAACCUCACCUGCCAACACUCCCACCACCUCUGUGACCACCACCACUACCACAACAACUACCACCACACCAUCCACCAUUUCCACUACUUCCAUGCCCACCACCACAACCCCUUCCACCCCUUCCACCACCUUCAAGACCACCACCACUUCCACAACAUCCACCACCACAUCUGCCACCACACCCACCACCCCUGAGACCACCACCACUUCCACACUGACCACCACAAAACCUGCCCCCACUACCACCACCUCUGUGACCACCACCACUACCACAACAACUACCACCUCACCAUCCACCACUUCCACCACUGCAGUGACUACCACUACUUCCCCGCCCACCACUACCACCCCUUCCACCUCUUCCACCACCUCCCAGACCACCACCACUUCCACAACAUCCAAGACCCCAUCAGCCACCACUCCCACCACCUCAGUGACUACCACUACUUCCACACCAACCAACACCACACCUUCCAACACUUCUGUGACCACCACCACAACCACACCGUCCACCACCACACCAGCUACCACUCCAACCACCUCUGUGACCACCACAUCCAUGCCGACCACACCUGCCAACACUCCCACCACCGUUGUGACUACCACCACUACCACAGCAACUACCACACCAUCUACCAUUCUCACCAACUCAGUGACUACCACCACCCCUUCGUCCACUUCCGCCACCUCUAAGACCGACACCACUUCCAUGACAUCCAAGACCACACCUUCCACCACUCCCACCACCUCAGUGACUACCACUACUCCCACGCCCACCACCACCACCCCUUCUACCUCUUCCACCACCUCCCAGACCACCACCACUUCCACGACACCAAGCACCACACCAUCCACCACUCCCACCAAUUCAGUGAGUAUCAUCACCACUUCCACCACCUCCAAGACCAACACCACUUCCACGACAUCCAAGACAACACCAUCCACCAGUCCCACCACCUCCGUGACUACCACUACUUUCACGCCCACCCCCAACACCCAUUACACCACUUUCACCACCUCUGAGAUCACCACCACUACCAAACCGUCCACCACCACACCAGCUACCACUCCAACCACCUCCGUGACCACCACCACAUCCACGCCAACCACCACGCCUGCCAACACUCCCACCACCUCUAUGACCACCACCACUUCCAAGGUGACCAACACCACUCCUGCCACCACUUCUACCAUCUCUGAGACCACCACUACUUCCACUUGGACCACCACCAGACCUGCCACCACUCCCAUCACCACUGGGACCUCCACCACUUCCACAUUAACCAUCACAACACCAGCCACUACUUCAGCCAUUGCCAAGACCACAGCCAUACCACCCACCAACACUCCAUCCACCACUCCCACCACUUCAGUGACUACCACUACUUACACACCUGACUACCACUACUUACACACCGUCCACUUCUACACCAUCCACCACUCCCACCACUUCAGUGACUACCACUACUUACACACUGUCCACUUCUACACCAUCCACCACUCCCACCACUUCAGUGACUACCACUACUUACACACUGUCCACUUCUACACCAUCCACCACUUCCACCACCUCCGAGACCACAACUUCUUUGACCACCUCCACUUCAACCCUGACCACCAGUGCACCUGCAACUAUUCCCAAUCCCUCCUUGACCACCACCACUUCCAUGCCAACCACCACACCUGCCAAAACUCCCACCACCUUUGUGACCACCACCACUUCCAAAACCACUACUACCAUACCAGUCACCACUCCCACCACGUUAGUGACCACCACCACUUCUAUGCCGUCCACCACCAACCCAUCUACCACUCCCACCACUUCUGGGACUACCACCACUUCCACGCCAACCACCAUGACACCUGCCACCACUCCCACCACAUCUGUGACCAUCACCACUUCCAAGGGAACCAAUACCACACUGGCCACCACAUUCACCACCUUCGCAACUGUCUCAAUCAUGGCACGUGGGACAUGGACCGAUGCCUCUGCCCUCCGGGGUUUGCGGGGUCCCGCUGUGAGCUGGUGGAACUCAAGUGUAAAAAUGAGGGUCUAUGGGACGGAAUCAAGUGCCGUUGCCCCAGCACCCACUAUGGUGUCCACUGUGAGCUGUUGGUGGAGGAGCUGGUGAUGGACAAAGUGCAGGCAGAAGUGGGCAUGGAGGUGUCUGUGGACCAGGACUUCUCCCCGGAGCUUAAUGACAACACGUCCAAGGUCUACAAGGACUUCAGCAACAGCUUCCAGGCGCAGAUGAAGCAGCUUUACAGAGACGUGCGUGGUUAUCAAGGCGUGCAGAUCCAGGCACUGAGGCCUGGCAGCAUCAUAGUGGACUACCUGGUCCUCCUGGAGCUGCCCUACAGCCCUAACCUGGAGCAGGAGUUCGAGCAGGUGAAGACUGUCCUGACAGAGGAGCUCAGGAACUCCAGCCAGGCAGGCGACAGCUGUCAGGCCAACCAGACCCUGUGUUUUAAGCCGGACUCCGUCAAGGUGAACAACAACACGGGCACAGUGUCGCUGAGUCCACAAGCCAUCUGUCGCCGCGCGGCUGCUGAGGGCUACGAGGAUUUCUACUUCGCGAUGGUGGCGGGGAGCAGCCUGCGCUGUGUCAGCAACUGCACCGCGGGCCUGGACUUCUCGCUGGACUGCAACCAGGGCCAGUGCGUGCUGGAGAGGAGCGGGCCCGCGUGCCGCUGCUUCUAUUCGGACACCUACUGGUACUUGGGCCCGCGCUGCGAGGUGGCGGUGCCCUGGAAGGCGCUGAUCGGGGGCCUGGCGGGGGCCGGGGCGCUGCUGCUGCUGCUGCUGGUGGUGACCGCACUUGCAGUCUACAAGGUCCGCAGGCGGCGACGGGGCAGGCCCUGGGAUGAGGACAAGCAGUGGCUGGAUGUCUGGAAUGAGGACGCCGCCGAGGGGACUUUCACCAACUCAGGCUUCGAGGGCGAAGGAGCAGCCAACCAAGGAGACUUCCAAGUGGCCUUGGAUACCAUCGACCCCAACAUGCAGGUGCACAUCCAGAGACCAGAGGUGGCCUCCACCUGGAUGUGAGCCCUGCAGUGGCUCGUCGCCACCCCCUGCCCUGCCCUGCCCUGCCCCGCCCCACCUGUGCCGGGUCCCCUCUCAAGCCGGAAGAAGCCCUCCGCACCUGCAUUUCAACACAUGACCCAAGGACUCUGGCAGCUCCUGGUUUCCUGGACCAGCUCCCCGCCCCCCGCAUGUUCCCCAUCCUUCUCCCCCUGGCAUGUAACCCACCUGGAACUCAGCCCAAAUGUAGCCCCAGACCCAUCUCUGGGACUGUCCCCACCUGGUCUCCUGCAGCUGAGGAUGGCAUCCCUGUCCCGACCCCUCCUCCAGCUGUGAAAACCAGACAUGCCCACGCUGUACCCCGUCCACCGUGUAGCCUGUGCCCACCCAAUGCCUCCCAGCAGCCUCCUGGUCUUGGGCCUCGGUUGUCCCCAUUUCCCUGUGGGUCUCACCUUCCGCACCUGCACCUGCGGCAGCCCUCCUCUCUGUAUGUGACCCCACGCUGCCCCCUGCUCCCACUCCUUAUGUCCACCCCCUUCCCUGAACCCUCUUCUUAGACCUCCCUCCCCUGCCCACUUCACCCCAUCUCCCUGUUCUCCCCUCCACCCACGUCCUGACCCCAUCUCUGUACCUACUCCUACACCCCUUCCUCCCCAGCCUCUGUCCUCCUUUAUCUCAGAACCCUUCUCACUCGUGCUCCCCAAGUCCUAUCCUCUCAGCCUCAUGUUCUCCAAGUGCCCUGGGUCCCCAUGGGUGGGGGUGGGGUGUGGGGUGGGGGUGGGGACGACCAUGAUGCCAAGGAAACUCCCUCACACCCUUUCCUCCCAUCCCUUCUCCUCCCUCUCCCCCUUCCCCUACCUCUCAUGGAUUGGGCCGUAGCACCCCCUUUUUCGGGGGGUGAUCUCUUGCCCUGAAUCCCUCCACCAGAGCCUGUAGUUCUGUCAUGUGAAUAUCAUACACUAUUUAUUGCUCCA